AACCAUCUGUGGCUUUAAUGUGACGCACCAUACGGACGGCGGUGCUGAGUGGUGGAGAGGACCCCCAUUGCGGCGCGGUUUAAACCUCCUUCUUUUUAUUUUUUAUUUUUGACUUCUCUCUCCUACGACAUUAACAUCAAAACAAGGACUUGAACAGACCGGCUAGGCCAGGCCUACCUAAGGCCUUCUGUCUGGCUUGACCAGACAGGCCCAGGGGGCCCCGGAGGUGAACCUGUCAUUGUCGCUCAUAGACGUCAACAGACUUUCCGGCUGCAUCUCAUUGUUUGAAGCGUCGCUCCAGUCUGAUUGUCCCGUCCUUCCAUGUUGUGGUUGUGCCGCCCUGGAUGUUGGAAGCAGGAUGGAUUCAGAGGUUAAUUUGACCACAGGAAACUUAUUGCAUUGCUUGCAACUGUUCUCCUUCGACUGGCUGUCAUCACUCCCCUCCCCAGUCUUUAAGCCCCUUCCUCCAACCUGGGGCAUCCCAGAGCCUUCUAAGGAAGGGCCUUAUAGGAACUGCAGGACAUCUUGUUAAAAAGGAAGCAGAGUGGAUAGCUUGAACAAACUAACAAAACCCAACAAAAAAAAGAAACCUGCUGAUUUUGAUUUAAAGAGAGCUUUUUUUUUAUUUGAGUUCUAGCUCCAUAACUUGCAAGUGUUUUUUUUUUCUCCAAUUAUUUACAAAGGAAAAAAAUCCAAAUUUAUACACUCACAUUUUCGUUUUUUUUUUAUUAUUUGAGCUCUCAGCAAAUAUGUCGGAAAGCAAAGCUAACAGUAAAGCAGUGAAAUUCAUUGCCCCACUUUCCCCUUCCACGUCUGCCUCCCCCUGUCCAUCACCUAAAACCCCCCACAAGAAUGUGAAUGGCUCCGCCAGUUCAGACACGCACGUUGUGGAGAAAAUCAUCGGGGAGCCCGAGGUGCAGCGGCGGCGCCAUACAAUGGAUAGAGACUCAAAAACAGCUGAGCAUCGCUUCUUCCGACGGAGUGUCAUUUGUGACUCAAAUGCCACAGCUUUGGACCUGCCCAGCAAAGCAGCUGUGAUCCUCACCUCACCCCCAGACUGUGAAGGAACUCCUGUCUUCUUGUCCUCUUCUUGGCCUGGGGGGCACGAUUCUGAAGGCAAGGGUGAAAUAAGAGGUUCCUAUCUGCUGAGCACCAGCCUUCAGCCCCACCUUAGUGGGGCAGCUGGACAAGAACACGUAGAGAAGACUGAUUCAAGUGUGAACGUCUGCACAAUUGCUGUUCCCACCUGUAGCAAUGCUGCCUAUGGCGCAGACGGAACACGGAAAGAGCUCGUUCAGACAGAAUUGGAUGUUACAGACAAGGCGGAAGGCAUAAAAUCUGAUGCUUUGUUGCGCUCCAGAGGGACUCAGGAGACGCAGCAGGUGGAAAAAAAUGGAGCAGGGAUUGUAGAUGAAGGGAGUGUCAGCAGUCCGACCGAAGAGAAGGACAAGGAAAAAGAGGAGGAGAAAGGGCUCGCAAAAGCGAGAGCCGAGCAAAGGGAAGCUGAGAAACGAGUACAAGAGGAUAUAGAGGAGGCAGAGACGAAAGCUGUGGGGACCUCCCCGGACGGACGUUUCCUGAAAUUUGACAUUGAGAUUGGACGAGGAUCUUUUAAGACUGUGUACAAGGGGCUGGAUACUGAGACUACCGUGGAGGUGGCGUGGUGUGAGCUACAGGACCGUAAACUGUCAAAGUCGGAGCGUCAGCGCUUUAAAGAGGAGGCGGGGAUGUUAAAGGGGCUCCAGCAUCCCAACAUAGUUCGCUUUUAUGACUCCUGGGAAGGACCCUGCAAGGGGAAGAAAUGCAUCGUUCUCAUCACGGAGCUCAUGACAUCCGGCACAUUAAAAACUUACUUGAAGCGCUUCAAGGUGAUGAAAAUCAAGGUUCUGCGCUCGUGGUGCCGACAAAUCCUCAAAGGCCUUCACUUCUUGCACACCAGAGCUCCGCCCAUCAUUCACAGGGACCUGAAAUGUGACAACAUCUUCAUCACAGGACCAACAGGUUCGGUGAAGAUAGGAGACCUGGGUUUGGCUACGCUUAAAAGGGCUUCCUUUGCCAAGAGCGUUAUAGGUACCCCAGAGUUCAUGGCUCCAGAGAUGUAUGAGGAGAAGUAUGAUGAAUCCGUAGACGUCUACGCCUUUGGGAUGUGCAUGCUGGAGAUGGCUACCUCGGAGUAUCCCUAUUCUGAAUGUCAAAAUGCUGCCCAGAUCUACAGACGGGUAACCAGUGGAGUAAAGCCGGCCAGUUUUGACAAAGUCGCCAUUCCUGAGGUGAAGGAAAUUAUAGAAGGUUGCAUCAGAACAAACAAGGAUGAGAGGUAUGCUAUAAAGACUCUGCUAAACCAUGCGUUCUUCCAAGAGGAGACGGGGGUCAGGGUUGAACUGGCAGAAGAGGACGAUGGAGAAAUGAUUGCUAUUAAACUUUGGCUCAGGAUAGAAGAUGUUAAAAAGUUAAAAGGCAAAUACAAAGACAACGAAGCCAUCGAGUUCUCCUUUGACUUGAUUCGAGAUGUUCCAGAAGAUGUGGCUCAGGAAAUGGUUGAGUCUGGAUAUGUUGCUGAGGCUGACCAUAAGACCAUGGCCAAGGCCAUCAAGGACAGAGUGUCUCUGAUUCGGAAGAAGAGGGAGCAGAGGAAGCUAGUACGAGAAGAGCAGGAGAAGAGAAAACGGGAAGCGGAACAGCAAGAGUCAUUCAGAGCUUCACAGACACAGGCAGAGGCGGAUGAGACAGAAGCAGAACAUCAUCAACUACGAAGCCAGAGGACCAACACCUCCGUCACAUCCGAAGGAGGCGUGGACAGCGGCUCCUCCGUUUUCUCCCCGGACUCCCCCCACCCAGGACAGAUGACCAUGUCCUACAGUAGCCUGCCGUCGUCCCAACCCCCCUCCCAGCCCCAGACCCCAUACCCCCCGACACCCUCUUGUGCCCAACAGCAGCAUCCAUGCUACCCCCAGCCGCACCAGUCAAUGCAGCAUUCAAUGCCACACCCCUUCACUGGAGGAGCGAGCUCGGGCGGAGGAGGCGCGGGGGCGAGCACCCCUCUCCCAAAUCUCCCAGAUCCUCCAAGCAUUUUCUUUCCAUCGAUUCCCGAGCGCCCCGUUUCUUUUUCGCCUCCCCCUUCCGGGCCCCCGAAGGGCUACAACACCCAAAGACGUAAAAGCACCUCCAUCCUCGAGGCGCACACCCGACACUUUCAGCCUGCGUACCCUCGCUAUGGAAGCAGUCUCCACCCUUUUUCUGGUAUGGAAGGAGUAGAGACUCCCUCUUUGUUUAUGGUCAACCCCAAUUAUGCUGCUCCGAGACUUGCUGUCGGAGAACCUCUUCGUCUGCCGGGACAAUCUGACUCAAGUUUUUAUGGAUAUAAAGACUUAAGAGCGGAGCAUGAAGAAACAGUGAGGAGAUUGAGUCUGAAUCAAGCGGCCUUAUUGGACCAUUAUGAAGCGAUGGCAUAUGGAGCGUACCCAGUGACUGCACACCAGCUUAGCCACUUAAGUUUUCAUCAUCAGAUGCAAGCAGCAGCUGCAGCUGCUAGUUUGGGUUUUGAUCCUGGCCCUCCACCCCAACCGGGGUUUUUGCACCCUCACAUCUUACAAAGAAUGAGCGCACACAGCCCAAUACCUCCAUCCGUGCCUCCAAUGAACACGUCAGCGGGUGGCUCCGUCUCUUCGUCAUCAUCCGACGGGUGCUUUCCUCCACCGCACGCUUCGUCAGCGUCCUUCCCACCUCCAGUGAUGCCAGACGCCCCUCCACCUGCCGGAAGCGUUUUUGAUUUUCAUGUGGCUGCAGCAUCUGUCGCUGGAGAUCCAAACCUCUUUGCGUCCAGAGUUUACAGAGCUCGAAGGAGUUCCAUGGACCUCCCUUUGGAGGACAGUUCCGGGACAGGAUCUGGAGGUUCAGGAACAUACAGCCGCCUCCAACCAGUGACUGAGGAGAUGUACGCUUACAUCAGCCCAGAGCUCCCCUUACCUCCUGGGAGUCUUCUUCUUCACCAUGCUGGCAUGGCCGCUAAGGACAAAAGCCCGGAACCGUCCAGCGACUCAAUGACCUCCUCUGAUGCCGGAGAGUUCCAGUCACCGCCUCCACCUCUUCUCCUUCCACCCUUUGACUCCUCCGAUGCUCAGACCAUCCCUCGCUCGUCCUCCAGCGCACAGUACGAGCCGUCGGGGGGCGUACUUCACACAGACCCCCAAGGGCAUCCGCCUUCGAUGCAAACGUUUUUCCCCCCUACACCAUCGACUGAUCAACCACUCGGAGGGAAGCCCCCAACUCCGCUAGAGUGUCUGAUGCAGAGUACCUGGGCCCGGCACGGAGGGGUGGUACCAGCCCAACUGGAUAUGACAUACCACGAGUCAUUGCUGGCCAUGCAGGCUGCUAACCCCCCUCUGCCCCCGCUGGGCCGUCCCAGCAGGUUGCGUCGUCUAGUCACUGUAGUACAUCUCUACAGAGCCCAACGCACACAAGUCAGUCACAGACACCUGCACAGUUGUAUGAGAGAAGUCCUUUUCCUAGUGUAGAACAUCUUUACCUUUUGUAUCAAGCUGCUCUGGUUCAGCCAAGCGUGUCUCCAAAUCCCGCCACUGUUCCCUUGGCGACCCUUCCUACUCCUAUUACCUUGCCGACUGCAACCAUGGCCUCCCCUUCCUCUCCUCUACCAGUCCCUGUUGGGGUCGUGUCCACAAUUAUCUCUCCUCCUGCUCCCCUUCCUCCUCCUCCUCCUUCUGUGCCCACACCUGUGCCUCAGUCUUUGGCCACCAUGAUUCCUAUCAUCAGUGUAGUCUCCGCCCCACCUGACUUUCCUAUGGAAGGCCUUUCAAAGUCGAGCUCUCAGUCAUCAGAGCUGUCGCAGUCGCAGCAGCUGCAGCCACCUCUGCUCCUCUCAUCUUUGGAGAGUGGUCAUUCUGAGGCCUCAGGGCUCAGCGACGGCAACGAAGGCGGAGGCGGCGGCCGCCAUGAGAGUCGCUCCAGCAAACGCAAGCCCAAGCGCUCCGUCCGAAGCCGAUCGCGUCACGACAAGAUGUCCAAAGCCAAACUCAACGUGCUCAGUAUCUCAAACCGGGGAGACAGAGUCGCUGAGUGUCAGCUGGAGACUCACAACAGGAAGAUGGUAACUUUUAGGUUCGACCUAGACGGAGACAACCCCGAGGAGAUCGCUCAGAUCAUGGUUGAGAGUGAGUUCAUCCUGGAGAGUGAGAGGGAGUCGUUUAUUGAGCAGGUCAAAGAAGUUAUCGAGAAUGCAGAUGAAAAAUGUCUGGACAGAGAUCCCAACAGUCAGUUGACAGGUGACGAGAAAGAACAGAUCCCUGCAAUAUCUGUCCCUAUGCCAGACAUCCCUUGUAGUCCAUCAACACAAGUGGUGCACUCAGCAGGGCGGAGGUUCAUCGUUAGCCCCGUACCUGAAGCCAGGCUGAAGGAGCUGGCCUUUACUUCCCCUCCUCCUUCAGCCCUUUGUGUUGCUGACACUGCUCCGUCUCAACCUCCAGUUCCAAGUUUGAGUUUGUCCCAGUCUGCAGGAGCGGUCAGCUUACAGCAAGCCUUCUCUGAGCUCAGACAGAACCAGUUUGACCCAGGACCCAGCACCGCCCCGCCCUCCAUUCCCUCCGUCCCCCUCGUCCCGACUGCCCAUCCUCUCCUGCAGAGCGCGGCAGCUGCCGUUUCUUCCCGCUGCAGCACGCCCGUUUCCUCCGUUGAUGGACUUCUUAUUAUAAACCAGGCGAAAGAACAGGUGCUGGACGUCGCUCAUCCUCCUCUUGCGGCUUCCUCCACCCCGUCAGCCGCACCCCUUGCCUGUCAAAGUCCCCCUUCUUUAUCUCCUCCUGCCUCUGUGGUGAAUCAGUCCAUCCUUCAGUCGCAGCUGAUUUCUCAGCCAGUGAUGCCGCCGUUGUCCCAACCACAAAGCCAGGCCCAAGCACCGGUUCAGCCCCAGGCUUUCCUGCCGCCGCUACCAGUUUCUGCUGUCACUGCAACUUCAGUACCUCCCACUUUACCCACAGCCAGCAUUCCUCCGACGGGGCUCAUCUCCUCUCCUCCUGCCCAGAUUCCAGUAUCUUCUCCUCCGUGUUCCACUCUUGCAGCCAGAGAAGUCUCAUCUAAUCAUCCAUCUCCCACUUCCUCCCUUACAUCUCACCUGCCCUCCUCCCUCAUCUCCACCACGGUCAUCCAAAGCCCCCAGCUUGGCCCUUCGACCCCAAUUCUCUGUCCCUCCAGCUCGUCUUCAGUGGAACUACCGCCUGUGGUCACCAAUUGUUCUUUGGUCCAACCAACUUGGGUCCACACUCAGCCGUUGCCCCCAGACCUUCCCGGGCAGACGCACACUCCCUGUCUGGACUGUGACACAAGAGGUGAGGCUGCCUCUGACUCCCAAGGAAAACCAGACGACAUUCAAAUUCUGGACAAAAAGCUGCGGACUCUGUUCAUGGACCUCGGAGCGGGAGGGACAUCCGCCCCGGGAGACGUCUUAGCUGCUGAUCUGACCUCCACAGUCUCUGUUCCUGGUACUUCGUCCCCGGUUUGCCCUUCCUCCAGCUCCAUCAUUCCUGUCACCGCUCCCAACUCCAACCAGCAGGCUCCUCAGCCUCCCUCCAGCCUGGCCUUGGGCCCAAUGGGCUCCCCCGCCCCAGUACGAGGCCCCGGGACUCCCAUCUCCAACCCUGCUGCACCAAGCGUGAUACCUUCCUCUUCCAUAAGCCAGACCACUCCAUCCAAAGCCCCCCUAUCAAGGCUUCCGGCCACUUCUCCUCCUUCAGAACUCCUGACCUCCUUGCCUGGACCUUGUCUAAUACAGUCCCAGCAGCCUCUGGAGGAUCUGGAUGCCCAGCUGAGGAGAGCUCUGAGCCCGGAGACGGUUCCUGUCAGCUCUCACACGCCGGCCUCUCUCAGUAGUUUGUCUUCAAUAGGACUACCAAUUCCUUUUUCUUUGGCAGACGAAAAGGCGUUUGCUCCUGCUCCUCCUUCAGUGGGUGGAAGGAAACUGGGAAGAUUUGAGGUAUUACCAGCUGCAGAGGAACCUGCUGUCCAGCAGCCAGCCUGCACCGACUCCUCCUCCUCCACCACCUCCUCAACGUCAUCCUCGUCGUCGUCCUCAUCCUCUUCCUUUCUGUCCAGCCCGGAGAACACUUUGCACAAAAACUCCUCGUCUGUCCUGAGGGUAGAAGGCCGACAGGCUGGGGAUGUUGUGGAUGGAUUCCCCCAAAAGAAUUCUACAGGAUCAUAUCAUACCUCUCCGUUCACGUCCCCCUGCCCCUCCCCCAAACCCGCCGCCGUCACUGGACGCAUUCAGGCUGCUACAAACCCAGAAUCCCGGGUGGGAAGGUUCUCUGUGAGCCGAGCCAACGAGCAAAGUAUCGAGUCCAAGCCGAACCCUCCGCCUGCUGCGCAGACCGCUAACGGACCCAGUCAUCCAGUCCACAAUUUGAGCCCAGGAACCCAUCACAAAACCUCCUUACCGACUCUGAACACCAACUCCUACAGUAACUCCUACAUCAGCAGCGACAACGAUUCAGAGUACGAGGAUGAGGACUUCAAACGGGAAGUCAGCCGCCUCAGAGAAAAACACAUGCGGGAGAUUCAGGCGCUCCACGUGCGUCAGAAGGAGGAAAUAGAAACUCUGUUCACCAAACUGGGAAAGGCUCCUCCUGCAGCUGUGAUCCCUCCACUUAUCACUUUGACGGGCCGGCGGCGUCGACCCACCAAGAGCAAGUCCUCAAAAUCCUCCAGAGCCGGCUCCACGCACGGCAGCAAGAGUCCAUUGCAGCCAGACAGCACUUUAUCCGCUCAGAGCGUCCCGACCAUGUGUGCCGGCCAGCUGGCCGCGUUAGCCCCCGGAGGGCUAGUCGACUCCGAAAGCAGCACCGUCCUCCAGCCUCUGAAAACGUCCCCCUCCAGCGACAUCUUGUGUUCCACCUACACCAGCGACGCCGCUCUGUCUGUGCCCAGCCUGUGCGCUCCGACCCCAGGCUGUGCAAAGUUCAGCUGGGGCUCAGAGCGUUUGGCCUUCAAGCCCGGUGGCAGAAGAACGCGCUUUCUGAGGAAGAUGGUGAAAAAAGUCUGCCCCUGCAACCAGCUCUGUAGGACUAACAGCACAAACGCAGUGGGCGGUUCCACUCAAAGCCAAGACGGCUCCCAGUCUUUGCCCGCCAACAUAUCCGCCUCCCACCAGAGGAAAGGAACCUUCACAGACGACCUCCACAAACUGGUGGACAACUGGGCCAGAGACGCCAUGAACCUCUCACAGGGGAAGCGCAGUGCCAAGCAGCAGCAGCAGACCCCCGCGCAGGGACACAGCUAUGAGGUUAUCCAGUCAGCCGGUCUGAGCAGGAAGUUCUCGGCUCCCAGCCAGUUGUGUCCCAGCAGUCUGGGCGGCUCCGCCCACCUCCCUGCAAACCUCGCCUCCGCUACCUCUCUCGCGGCCCGCAAGGGCUCCUUGUGCCACCCUCCAGCCUCCUCCACUCCACCCGCACACUUCAUCCACUACACGCCGACUCCCGCCUACAGCGCACAGUGGUCUGGUCCGGCUCUGUCCAGCGCCCCUCAAGCACCGCUGGUGAGCACCUCUCAGCCCCUAGGCCCCUACCCCACCCCGCAGGGCCAUAUUCCGGGGCACCCCCCGCUGCAGGCGUUUCAUCUGAGCAACACCAUGCAGAAGUCAGUCAGCAGCCCAGGGGGACCCAACUUGAGGACGACGUAGGACUCGGGAUGUGGGCUGGUUUGAAUCACGCCCACCUGAAAGGAAGUGAAGAGGAGCUUCUCAUGGACUGGAAAAAAAACUGAGGAGAAGGACCGGAUCAGGAAAAAAGGAAACGGACAAAUGAAAGAAAAAAAGCGAGUGUUCUCUCCCUCUGUUAGCAUGUGUGAGAAGCUGCCACAGACACACAAUCUUCCUCCCCGCUCGGUGAGACUGACAGCUUUGCCAAAAGAUCAAACGUAAAGGAAAACACGAGUCGUGUGCAAUGUUAAAAGGCCAAAGAGGUUCAUUGAGGGUCUUAUAUUUCUGUUAAAGUAGAAGGUGCAGGGAUGAGGAGGUUAGAGGUUACAUGGAAAUAAGUCAGUAGAGUUGCUCCUGAGUGGAUGCCAAAAUGCAGCAACAGUUUCAUUAAAGUCCUUAAACAGAAGUGAAUAUUUGGAGCAAAUGAAAGCACAAACUUAACCAGAUCAGCAUCACUUGUAGCCCUCAGGGUCUCCUUUUGAAAACGGAGGAGCGGGGGCUCCAUUUCACUCCUCCUCCUCACCACUCAUCCUUCUGUUCUCUCCAUCAUCCGAAGCAAUAUCAGCAGUUAGACACCAGAAAAAAAGAAUAAAGAACCGUGGCCUUGUUACAAGAGUAAUAUCAGUGCUUGUACAGUUUACUUUUCAGAAUGUCGUCUAUUAUGAUUCCAUUUUUUUUUUCUGUUUUGUCGGGUUUGUUUUGCUCACACACCAAACGCAUGAGACGUUUUUAUAAGUACAGCAGUUUACCCAUCAUCGAUUUCUAGUGUCAUAACUUAGUUUGGGUUGAAUGCAGUGUACAUGAUUGUUGUUCAUAAUUAUUUAAAAAAAAUAACAAAAAAACAAAAAGGUGUUCUGUCAAUGGACCUGUUCUAUGUGCACAUCGCUGUACGAUGUGGAAACACUGUGAUUAUUUUUGUUGUUUAUUAGCAAAUGUUAGUUUUUGAGGGGGGUGGGGGGGGGUAGACAAAAAGCAUCCAUCCUUUCACUUUCACUUCAGCUGUUUCUUUCUUUAAAAAUGUGAAAAAACAUAAUUUUUUUCUCUUUAGUGCAGAACAAAUGCCUUACGUCACACAAAUUGAAGGCGAUUAAAAACAGCAGAUCAAAGCGAAGCUAGCUACUUUUUAUUUCUUAUUACAGUACUUAUAUAUCAGACACUUUAAACAGCCCCCCCUUUCACCCCAGGUUCUGUUAAAUGAAUGUAUAAACCAAUGGUGUCCAAUUUAAUGUACUUGAAACAAAUAUUUUACUGUCUUUCCCCCCUCCCCCACUGCCUAGUUUCCCUCGAAUCCUCUAGUUCGUCUGGAGGAACUCGUAGUGCCUUGAAUCCUUUCUGUCACUUCUUUUGUUUUUGUUUUUGUUUUUUUAGUUGGAAUGUCCGGAUUCUGUUUUACAAAAUCCCGACUGGAAUUUGUGGGUGUUCAUUGAGGCUGGUUUAGGAAUGUUGUAUGUAAAGGUUUAAAUCCCUCCCCCAAAAAAGAUGUCUGCUGCCGUUUUAGACCAAGCGUGACGUUUGAGUAGCCACCUUUUCCAUCAUUUGUGUCGAUUCUGUUGCUUUCUGCUUAUUCAACUCAAGAGACGAGACUCACUGAAGAGGUAUCUGAAGCUCAACCCGCUCUGUAUUUAGAGGCGUUGAUCUAAACCUCCUAAAUUCCCAAUUGCAAUGUUACUUUUAUACCAGAACAUCAGACUUUUUUUCUUUUUUUGGUCUGAAAAUGUGUGAUGUUUACCAUUUAUAGUGAUUAACUUUCCUGGUUUGUUACAAAGUUUAAAUGUCUUCAAAUAAACAGAAACUAAAAAAAAUCCAAUUAGAUUUUGAAAAAAAAAAACAUGACUUUUACAGUCAUUAAAAAUGUUUACUUCUAUCUUGUCCUUGCUAAGUUGAGGUGACCACUAAAAGAAAAAAGAAUCAGUGUUUUCUGUAUAGAUUAAAAAAAGAUGUUUUUUAACCAAAAUAUCCUUCAGGUUUGGUGACAUUUCUGCAAUUUCUGGUUGUGAAAUUGACUCAAUCUGGUACCAACUUGGAUGUCAAAGGUCAUGCCUCUCCGCUAUUCCGCUGUGAUGUUCACAUUUCACGAAAAAAGAAGUCCAACAAAAGGUAUUGCUUUUUUCUUCUUCUUUUUAUCAAUGCAACAUUUUUACUACUAAGCAAGUUUGGUUGAAGCUGUGAAUUGUCGUGGAGCCACUUUGCUUUAUCUGAUGAUGUCUGGACUUUUUUUGCAAACAUCAAAAGCAAAAACCCCUGAAAACAUGUCGACCUGCUUUUACUCACUGGAGCUGCUUGUUUUUCAGUGCUGAGAAUUUACCCCAUUUUUUUUUUUAUUUUAUUUUUUUACAUCUCUACCACAUAAUUACUAUGUAAGAAGUACUUACAAUGCAAUGGCUGCGAUGCAGUAAUAUUAAAGUGACGGUUACUUAUCAAACCAUGAGAUUGCCGUUGGGUUUGACCUCAGUUUGUAGUUUUUGUCGGUGGACUCUUACUGUGAAAGGCUUCAGGCGGUUUUAUUGUGAAAGUGCCUGAAGCAGUGGUUACAUUAGUCAAACACAUUAAAAUUCAAAUUGUUUUUUUGUUGUUCUUUUUUGCAGUUUUAGGACUUGUUUUGUUGCUUUUUACUGUAAACGACAACAAAAAAAGACAAAAUAAAAGCCUCUGAAUGGAUCAUCACAUUAACACAAAUACACACUGUAGAUACAGAUUCUGUGCGGUCCCUUGCUGUUUUUUUUUCCUUUUUUUGCUUAAUCCUGUGAAACCAUUUUGCUGUUACUAAAAGCAUUCUGCAAUAGUUUUUGUUUCCUCCGAUGCGCUCACCUUUUAUUUUUUAGAGUCUCUUGUUUUACGUGUUGUUUUAAAGUCUAAUAACGCCUAAUUUAAUUCAGUGGGUUUUUCUUUUUCUGUGUUGUGUUGAGAAAAAAAAAGGUGGUUGUUCGAAUGGAUGAGUGAAAGAAAACGACAUAAAAAGUACCUGUAGGGAGUCAUAGGCAGCCUUUAACGGUAUGGUUUGCACUAAGUAGCCUAUAGUGUUCGAGCUUCAUAUUAAAAACAACAAAACUUUGCGCUACAGUACAAUGAAAUUUGUUACUUUAUUUGUAAAAACUUAAUAAAGAAAAGUUGUUAAAAAAUGGA